CCUGCGAGCGGCACAGCAUCAACAACACUCUCCCCCGAACCUGUCACACGUGUUCUCCCUCGCUCCUCUCGCCGCACAGCUCCGUGUCUGUCGGCUCUUCCGCUCCUCGGGUUCCCGCACGGUGGCAGGGAGGCGAUUCUCCACCGUCGCCAUUUUUUUUAGGGGGACUGCCUGUCGAAAGGGGAGAAACUUUGCUAGCUAACGCCUAACAUUAGCAGCUAGCUGGUUGGCCAGUAGCCCUUGCUUGCUUGUCUGCUAGCCCGUUGUGACAGCGGCAGACGCCUGACAGUCGUUAGCCCGGCUAGCUAGCCUCGCGUUGAAUUGUUAUUGCCACCGGCUACAAUAAAUGACUAAAUCGGCUGUUGCUAAAGUGAACAAAUUAGCUGAACGGAACGUGUGUUUGCUGGAAAGGCGACUGUGUUGUUAGAUUAGCAAAUUAGCAGCUGCUAAUGUGGAAACUAGCCCAAUCUGAUUCGCCUCGUCUGUGAUUUUUUUUUUUGGCGUCAGUCGCUUUGCUCCGCCGCGUCGACCGGAGCCACCAGCCGCCGACACCCCUCUCCCCGACCCGUGAGGACUAAUUUCCGGACGAGGCGCCCAUGUGCUGAUUCCUCAGGCCCAUCCAUUACUGCAGAUGAAUCUUCAGCUGCUUUGGCGUAGCUCAGCACCCAGAUAGUCCCAUCCCCUUCGAGUGGGCGAGAAGGGACUACAUUGACCAGGAUGCCCGCCUCUGUAAGGGCAGGGAGCCUGAAGGAUCCCGAGGUGUCUGAUCUUUUCUUCAAAGAAGACCCAGAGAAGCUUUUCUCAGACCUCAGAGAGAUUGGCCAUGGCAGCUUUGGCGCCGUCUACUUUGCGCGGGAUAUUCGCACUAAUGAGGUGGUGGCUAUUAAAAAGAUGUCCUACAAUGGCAAACAGUCUAUUGAGAAAUGGCAGGACAUAAUAAAGGAGGUGAAGUUUCUCCAGAGGAUCCGGCACCCCAAUAGUAUAGAGUACAAAGGAUGCUACCUCCGUGAGCACACAGCAUGGCUGGUGAUGGAGUAUUGUCUCGGCUCAGCCUCUGAUCUGUUAGAAGUUCAUAAAAAACCUCUACAAGAAGUAGAGAUCGCUGCCAUUACACAUGGUGCUCUGCAGGGGCUGGCCUACCUUCAUUCCCACAAUAUGAUCCACAGGGACGUGAAGGCAGGUAACAUCCUGCUGACGGAGCCGGGGCUGGUCAAACUGGCCGACUUUGGCUCUGCCUCCAUCGCCUCGCCUGCCAACUCCUUUGUGGGAACGCCAUAUUGGAUGGCCCCUGAGGUGAUUCUUGCCAUGGAUGAGGGCCAGUAUGAUGGGAAGGUGGAUGUCUGGUCCUUGGGGAUCACCUGUAUAGAAUUAGCGGAGAGGAAGCCUCCCUUGUUUAACAUGAAUGCAAUGAGUGCCUUAUACCACAUAGCGCAGAAUGAGAGUCCCACACUAAUGUCUAGUGAAUGGACGGACUACUUCAGAAACUUUAUCGAUUCUUGCCUUCAGAAAAUCCCCCAGGACCGGCCGCACUCUGACGACAUGCUGGGUCAUGCAUUUCUGCAGCGUGAACGUCCAGACUCUGUGCUAAUGGAUCUUAUUCAAAGGACCAAGGAUGCCGUGCGAGAGCUGGACAACCUGCAGUACCGCAAGAUGAAGAAGAUCCUCCUUCAUGAGGCUCACAACGGACCUGCUGCAGAGGCUCAGGAUGGAGAUGAGGAGCUGGAGCCUGGUGGAGGUCGAACAGGAACAGUGAACAGCGUCGGCAGUAAUCAGUCCAUCCCCAGCAUGUCCAUCAGCGCCAGCUCCCAGAGCAGCUCCGUCAACAGCCUGAAUGAAGCGGCUCAGGACAGCCGCAGCGAGCUGGACCUGAUGGAGGGCGACCACACAGUCAUGUCCAACAGCUCUGUCAUCCACCUCAAACCGGAAGAAGAGGAGAGCUUCUCUGGGGAGCAGGAACCCAGCAGUCAACCCACUGAGCCCCAGGAAACACCGGUUCAGGUCCCAAGGAAGCACUACCGCAACAGAGAGCAUUUUGCCACCAUACGCACAGCGUCACUUGUGACUCGAGAGAUGCAGGAACACGAGCAGGACUCUGAGCUGCGGGAGCAGAUGUCAGGAUACAAACGAAUGAGACGGCAACAUCAGAAGCACCUGAUGGGUCUGGAGAACAAGCUGAAGGGAGAGAUGGACGAGCACCGCCUGAGGCUGGACAAAGAGCUGGAGAGUCAGAGGAGCAACUUCUCCCAAGAGAUGGAGAAGCUGCUCAAAAAGCACCAGGCGGCCCUCGAGAAAGAUCUGAAGACAUUUACCAAUGAUGAGAAGAAGUUCCAGCAACACAUCCAGGUGCAGCAGAAGAAAGAGCUCAGCAGCUUUCUGGAGUCUCAGAAACGAGAGUAUAAACUACGCAAGGAGCAGCUCAAAGAGGAACUGAGUGAGAACCAGUCGACUCCAAAGAAAGAGAAGCAGGAGUGGCUCUCCAAGCAGAAAGAGAACAUCCAGCACUUCCAGGCGGAGGAGGAGGCCAACUUGCUGAGGAGACAGAGGCAGUACCUGGAGCUGGAGUGUCGUCGGUUCAAACGCAGGGUCCUCAUCGCCAGACACAAUGUGGAGCAGGAUCUGGCCAGAGAGGAGCUGAACAAACGGCAGACACAGAAGGACCUGGAGCACGCCAUGCUGCUCCGGCAUCACGAGUCCAUGCAGGAGCUGGAGUUCAGGCAUCUGGGGACGAUCCAGAAGGCGCGGGCAGAUCUGAUCCGCACCCAGCACCAGACCGAGCUCACAAACCAGCUGGAGUACAACAAGAGGAGGGAGAGGGAGCUGAGGCGGAAACAUGUCAUGGAGGUCCGACAGCAGCCCAAGAGCCUCAAGUCUAAGGAGCUUCAGAUUAAGAAGCAAUUCCAAGACACUUGUAAAACCCAGACCAGGCAGUACAAGGCCCUCAGGAAUCAUCUGCUGGAGACCACGCCCAAGUCUGAACACAAGGCGGUGCUGAAGAGGCUGAAGGAGGAGCAGACCAGGAAGCUGGCCAUCCUGGCAGAGCAGUACGACCACUCCAUCAAUGAGAUGCUCUCCACGCAGGCUCUGCGGUUAGAUGAAGCUCAAGAGGGGGAGUGUCAGGUUCUGAGGAUGCAGCUGCAGCAGGAGCUGGAGCUGCUCAACGCGUACCAGAGCAAGAUCAAGAUGCAGACGGACGCUCAGCACGACAAGGAGAAGAGGGAGCUGGAGCAGAGGGUGUCUCUGCGGAGGGCGCUGCUGGAGCAGAAAAUUGAGGAGGAAAUGCUCGCCCUGCAGAACGAACGCCUGGAGCGGAUCCGCUCGCUGCUGGAGCGACAGGCCCGAGAGAUCGAGGCUUUUGACUCUGAGUCCAUGCGGCUGGGCUUCAGCAACAUGGUGCUCACUAACCUGGCUUCUGAUCCCCAGGGAGGCUGGGGGGGCGGAGGGGGAGGAGGCCAGGGGGCUCAGGGGGGAGGCCACUGGCCUGCCGGAGGUGGAGGAGGGGGCCACCAUAGUCAUCACCACCAGGGGAGCUCCAGCUCACAGCAGCCCUGGGGUCACCCCAUGCUAGCUGGGGGUCCACCGCCCUGGAGCCUCCAUCACCCCGGAGGAGGGAGUCAGAGGGGGAGUGGAGGCGGUGCGGGAGGGGUGAGGAACAGCCCACAGGCUAUGAGGAGGACGUCAUCAGGGGGAAGGAAUGAACAGGGCAUGAGCAGGAGCGCCAGCAUCACCUCUCAGAUCUCCAACGGGUCCCAUCUGUCAUACACCUAGGCAACACACACACACACACACACACACAAAAGAGAAACAGUCAUUGUCUUAACGUUGACACACCGAAGUAACACUGUACACAGACACACCUAACACAUGCAUCACAAACACCACUGUACGUCCGACUCUUACUGCACAGUACUGACACUGGGUUCACUUCCACCCAGUUGCUCCCAUCACCACUUCUCUUUCACCAGUGUACUGCUACCAGCAGCGGUCUGUGGAAACCCAACAGUCUUGAGAUAAUCCAAGAUGGCUGAAGGCCAUAGACAGUAUCCCACAGUGCAAUAGUGUUUUACUGUAGCAUACCGUGCUAUGUUAUGUGUUUUUAUAUUUGCAAUGUUAGUCUCUGUUGCCAUAGACUCAAAGUAGAGUUCAGAUUAUCUAGCAGGAGUUUAUCAGGAGGAGUUUGUUUGCAGUAUGCUGCUUUAUAUUUUGUUAUGUGGUAGCAAAUCAGGGGGAAAUUAGCAUUCAAUGUGUGUGCAAUUUUUUUUUAAUAACAUUUAAAUAUUUUUUUACCUCAAACUGCUCAAGAUUAAAGCACAGAAAUCGUUAUAAGAGAGAGUUUUAUGAGAUUAUUGCUCACGUACGUAGGGGUCGGACUCGAGACUGACGUUUAAAGAACAGAGUCUCUGAACAUGUUGCAAAGGUCUAGAAGAGAAAUGGACAGAGCAGAACAGAGAUUGAUGUAAGUUGGUAUCAGUGCAGGGAUGUAACUGAGGAUGGAAUCUACUACCCGAGUGGAAAUGUAACCUGAUUCAUUAAGAUGAAAAAUCACAGACACACAGUCCUGAAUAUCUCCUGGGUUGAACACCCUUGGGGGGGAGUUGUUUACUAGCAGGGCUGCGAAGAGGCCAAAGGUGCAGAGUCAGAUGUCGUUGUAACUACUCACGCCAACGUACUGUGACGUUCUAAUGAGAUUUCAGUUGAGGUUCAGUUCAGACUAUAUGAGGCCAAACAGAUGCAUCUUCAGCUGGACUGCAGGAGAGAAGCACUCACUCCCUGUGCUGGUGCUCUGCCUUAUGGGCUCGACUCUUGGGUUUCCACAGGCCUCUGCCCGCCACUCACACCUGCCCAGUCGGAGGGAUACUACAGCCUUACACAGCCGUCAUGACAGGAUGGCUUUUCAGCAGCACCCAACCUCUACCUGAGUAGAUUCAAACCCGUGCAUUCACUCCUCACUCUUCACUUCAAUGCCGUAGUUUCCUGCUCCAAUUCGGCUCCGUCUUAUCGAUGCACUAUGAAGUUCUUUGAUAAAGUGAACGAUGCCUGUUUGCCUACCUCAAGUAGAGCUUCACCACAAGGUGUCGUCACUUUACAAUGACUCGCACUUCGGCACAGGCCGUUACCCACAGACAUUGUUAAUCUGACACAUUUACACACGCAAAUUCACUUGAAAUAGUUAUUAUUAUUUUUUUAUUCCCCAGGCCACCAGUUUCCCUUUGCACACUUUACUGAUGAAUGCAUGUACAGGGUCACAUUUUGUGAAAGUGGUAUUGGGACAUUUAAGUGAAAAUAAAUGGUGCACAUAGCUGUGUUGGUCGUAAACAAACCAACACGCUCCAACAAUUAUUUAUUUCGCGCAACUCCGUCACAUUUGUCUGAAAUAUGCCCCAGUGUGCAGGUUCUGACUUUUUAAAAAGGGGUCACAUUGAAACGAAUGAACACUGAAUGCACGGGGGAGCGUCACUGGCGCUCUGCUGGUUGGUGACUGCUGAAUGUGUCCGUGGGUGCAGGGGGGGUGACGCUGGGAUCUCCGCUGCCAUGACCCUACAACUUCCCCCGGUGUGACGCCCCGCUCGGCCUCA